CGAAAGUGAAAGAAUGGGAAAUUUGCCAUUUCGAGGAUGUUAACCUGGGUAACACUGGGUGUGCAAACGGCCGCAUAUUUUGGGGUCUCUCAACACCUUUUUAAGAAAGGAGGAGGACACUGCCUCUAAAAUGAGUUCUCCUGGAUCAAGCUGCAAUUUGCCCUCUGCCUUCAGUGAUGCAACAGUGACCUCUGACCCCAGUAUCUGCAGAAAUAAGAGACAGAGAUCAGAGUCUCCAGUGCCCAGUGUUGUGUCUGUGAAGAGUGACGGAUCUAUGAGGCAACCCCCUGAAUUCAGUGAUGGACCCAUGACCUCUGAUCCUCUUAUCAUCAGAAAGAAGAGACAGAGAUCAGAGUCUCCAGUGCCCAGUGUUGUGUCUGUGAAGAGUGACGGAUCUAUGAGGCAACCCCCUGAAUUCAGUGAUGGACCCAUGACCUCUGACCCUCCCAGGGGGGGAAUACAUAAGCUGAUCAGAUCUGUGCCCCCCUCUUCAUCCCACUAUCAGACUGACAAAAGGCAAGACAAAACUGAGGCAGUCCUGCAGACACACACACUGGAGACUGGAGAUCUACAGAGAGUCAAAGACCAGCACAAAACCAGCAUGAAGAAAAAGUAUGAGAGAUUAUUUGAGGGAAACAAGCUCCAAGAGAAUCAAACCCUCCUGAAUAGGAUCUACACACAGCUCUACAUCAUAGAGGGAGAGAGUGAAGGAGUGAAUGUAGAACAUGAGGUUUUACAUAUGGAGAAAACAGCUAGAACACAACACUCUCAAGACACUCCAAUCUACUGCAAUGACAUAUUUAAAGCCUUACCUGAACCAGGAUAUGAGGAGAAAGACCAAAUCAAGAUGGUUCUUACUAAAGGCAUCGCUGGAAUCGGAAAAACUGUCUCUGUGCAGAAGUUCAUUCUGGACUGGGCCGAGGGAAAAGCCAAUCAGGAUAUAGAUUUCAUGUUUGUGCUUCCAUUCCGAGAGCUGAACUUGAUCCGGGAUCAUCAGUAUAGUCUUCAGAGACUUCUGUUGGACUUUCAUCCUGAACUUCAGGAUCUGGACUCAAAGAUUUAUGAGGAGUGUAAAGUUUUGUUCAUCUUUGAUGGCCUGGAUGAAAGCAGAAUCACACUGAUGUUUUCAGACACCCAGAAAGUUUCUAAUGUGACUGAGACUUCAUCAGUGGGAAUAUUGAUGUCAAAGCUCAUGCAAGGAGAGCUGCUUCCCCCUGCUCUCAUCUGGAUUACCUCCAGACCAACAGCAGCCAGUCAGAUCCCCUCCAAAUACAUCAACCGUCUGACAGAAAUUCAGGGAUUCAAUGAGCCUCAGAAGGAGGAAUAUUUCAGGAAGAGAAUCAGAGACGAGCCUCGAGCCAGCAGAAUCAUUUCACACAUCAGAAGAGCAAGAAGCCUCCACAUCAUGUGCCACAUACCUGUCUUCUGCUGGAUCUCAUCCACUGUGCUCCAAAAGCUCCUGAAAGAAGAUCUGAGGGCAGAAAUCCCUCAAACUCUGACUGAAAUGUACAUCCACUUCCUGCUGAUUCAGAUCAACAUGAGGAAUCAGAAGUAUGAAGAUAGAGAUCCAGAAAAACUCCUGCAGUCCAACAGAGAAGUGAUUGUGAAACUUGCUGAAGUGGCUUUCAAACAGCUGAUGAAGGGCAAUGUGAUGUUCUAUGAGGAGGACCUGAGAGAGAGCGGCAUAGAUGUCACUGACGCCUCAGUGUAUUCUGGGAUUUGCACUGAGAUCUUUAAAGAGGAAUCUAUGAUUCAUCAGAGGAAAGUCUACAGCUUCAUUCAUCUGAGCAUCCAGGAGUUUCUUGCUGCUUUCUAUGUGUUUUACUAUUACAAUAGACAGAAAUCUGUCACAUCCCAUUUUUUUGAUAUAAUUUAUAGUUUACUGGAAGGUGCAAUAGAUAAAGCCCUUGAGAGUGAGAAAGGACAGCUGGAUCUGUUCUUGCGAUUCCUGCUGGGUGUCUCACUGGAGUCCAAUCAGAGACUCUUACAGGAUCUACUGACACACACAGAGAAUAGCUCAGAGAGCAUCAGGAGAACCACACAGUACAUUAAAAAGAAGAUCAAAGAUGAACAUGGACUCUCCACUGAAAGAUCCAUCAAUCUGUUCCUCUGUCUCCUGGAAGUGAAAGAUCAGACUUUGUCUGGAGAAAUUCAGGAGUUUGUGAAAUCAGGCAAACACUUGGAGAAGAAACUCUCUCCUGCUCACUGCUCAACAAUCGCCUACAUGCUUCAGAUGUCAGAGGAGGUGCUGGAUGAGCUGGACCUCAAGAAAUACAACACAUCAGAUGAGGGUAGAAGAAGACUGAUACCAGCUGUGAUCAAUUGCACUAAAGCUCUUCUUGCUGACUGUAAUGUGACUGUUCAGCAUUGUGAAAUAGUGUCAUCAGGUCUACAAUCUUCAAACUCUGUCUUGAGAGAGCUGGACCUGAGUAACAAUGACCUGCAGGAUUCAGGAGUGAAGCUGCUCUCUGAUGGACUGAAGAGUCCAAACUGUCAGCUACAGAUACUAAGGUUGUCAGGCUGUAUGGUUACAGAGGAAGGCUGUGGUUAUCUGUCUUCAGCUUUGAGUUCAAAUCCCUUGCACCUGAGAGAGCUUGAUGUUAGCUACAAUCAUCCAGGAGAUUCAGGAGUCAAGCUGCUCUCUGACAAACUGAAGGAUAAAAACUGCUCGCUGCAGAUACUCAAUAUGGACCAUGGAGGAGAGACCAGGAUUUCACCAGGACUACAAAAAUAUGCCUGUGAUCUCACACUGGAUCCAAACACAGCACAUGCUAAACUCAUUCUGUCUGAGGGGAACAAGAAGGUGACACGGGUGGAAGAGCCACAGUCUUAUCUUGAUCAUCCAGAGAGAUUUGAUGGCUUUGAGCAGGUUCUGUGUCGAGAGAGUCUGACUGGACGCUGUUACUGGGAGGUUGAAUGGAGUGGAAAAGCUGAUAUUUCAGUAGCUUAUAAGGGAAUCAGGAGGAAAGGGCUGAGUGAAGACUGUUGGUUUGGAUAUAGUGAAAUGUCCUGGAAUCUGUACUGCUCUAGCAGAAGUUAUUCUGCUUGUUACAAUCUAAAGCAAACAGAUAUACCUGCUCCUUCAAUGUCUAAUAGAGUAGGAGUGUAUGUGGAUGUGUCGGCCGGCACGCUGUCCUUCUACAGUGUCUCUGACACACACACACUCACACACUUACACACAUUCAACACCACAUUCACUGAACCCCUCUAUGCUGGAUUUAAGGUUUAUCCAGACUCCCCUGUGUUUUUGCAGCAGAGAAGACAGACUACAAAGACAUACCUGUCGUUAUAAACACACAGCUAUGUAUGCUCAAAACAUGAUCCUAGUUUUGAAGGGAGACUCUUGUUUAAUAUGAUGUCAUCCAUUUUUGUUUUUGUUCAUUUUGAACUAAUUUUCUUGCUCUCUGCUGUACUCCCUGAAACAUAUUUAUAAGAUUUUAUGACGUUAAUUAGAAUUUAGAAUGCUUGAAUAACAAAAAUGAAAUAUCAUAUAUUUAAAAUUUUCAUUUGUAAAUGAUGAACUGCUAAAGUAUAUGAUUUAUUAUGUUUAUAUAAAUAUUUUCUAUUUUUAUUUUAGUUUAGAUCCAGUAAGGUAUUGUUCUGUAAUCACAUGAAACAGCAUAUUUGACCGUGCUAAUGCCCAUCAGAAGUUUUUUGCUGUUCGUGUUAUAUUUGAGUUCUAGUUUUCUUUGUUUAUUCCCUAUUUCCUGUGUUACUAGUAUAACUAGUAUUUGUUUCCACAGUCACUGAUUAGUUUGUCCAUUGUUUUAUUCACUGAUUGUUUUGUCUUAAUAUGCCUUAAUGUUAAUUCAAUUGUCAAUUGGCAACUUUAUUGUCAAUUCUACUCUAUGUACUGGACAUACAGAGGAUAGAAAUUCCUUUUUCGUCAUACUUAAGGUGUAAAACACCAACAUAACACAAAACAAGACUGAAAAUAAAUAAAAUAAAUACAAAUA